AUGGACGAGUUCGAGCUGGAGGACAACCUCGAGUUCAUCCUCCAGAGCAUCCAGGAGCUCAUGGAGGACCAGGGGGACAACAACGCCUUCGGCGACGCCAACCAGAACGAGCUCUUCGCCAGCCUCGUCAGCUACGACCAGGAGAACAUGCUGCCCGACGUCUCUGCCGCGGACGUCGCUGCUGGGAAGGACAUGCAGGGCAUCCCGUGGGAGAAGAUGCUCUUCGGGAGAGAUAAGUACCGAGAGAUGAAGAUGAAGAACUACAGAAAUUACCAGAACCUAAGUUACGCACGGGAGGAUGCUUUGCAGGAGUGCAAACAAGUGGAGAAGGAUAGCCCUUACUAUGAUUUUCACUACAACACAAGGUGUGCGCGGCCAUCAAUUGUACAUUUUCAGCUACGGAACCUAGUAUGGGCAACAACCAAACAUGAUGUUUAUACAAUGCAUGAUCAAUCAGUGACACACUGGUCCUCACUCGAGCAGACAAGCACUGAGCUAAUCAAUGCUGAUGAUUGCAUCGUCCCAAAACAGAGGGGGCAUGGUUCACAGUCAGUGGCAAUGGUUCAGGUCACAACAAUGGCCGUGGAUAGUAAUUUAUUGGUAGUUGGUGGCUUUCAAGGGGAGCUUAUAUGCAAGCGCUUGGAUGAUGAUGGGGUUGUUUACAGCACAAGGGUUACAGAUGAUGAAAAUGCAAUCACUAACUCUUUAGAGAUCUAUCAGGAUCCCAGCGGAUCUCGAAGGUUGGUGGCUGCUAACAAUGACUGCUCCAUCAGGAUUUUUGACACCGAGUACUUUGACCUCCUCAAGCACUAUGUCUUCCCUUGGUCUGUGAAUAGUGUUUCUGUGAGCCCAAAUGGGAAACUCUUCGCUGUCCUGGGAGAUCAUGAGGAUGGUUGUGUAGUGGAUCCCAAGUGUGGCAAGGCAAUUGGUUCUCUUAGGGGUCACUUGGAUUACUCAUUUGCAUCUGCGUGGCAUCCUGAUGGCAAUAUCGUGGCAACUGGGAGUCAGGACACUACAUGCAGGCUAUGGGACAUCAGGAACCUAUCGCAGUCGGUAGCUGUGCUUGGUGGAAGGAUGGGCUCAAUUCGGUGUGUCAAGUUCUCUUCAGACGGGCGUUUCCUUGCAACAGCAGAACCUGUGGAUUUUGUCCACAUAUACGAUGCUUAUGCGGACUACAGCAAAUCGCACGAGAUUGACUUGUUUGGCGAGAUUGGAGGUUUAGCAUUCAGCCCGGACACUGAGGCCUUCUAUGUGGGCCUUGCGGACCAGACGUACGGAGGCAUGAUCGAGUUCAGGAAGAGGCACCAACUUCACUACCUGAACUCCUUGUGGUGA